AUGUUCGGGAGGUUAGGUGUUUCAGUACGCACACCAUGUUUGAAGACACCUAAUUUUGUUCGUAAACUUUGUGCUGAAGCAGAAUUGUUAGUAGAAGAUGGAAGUAAGUCAAGAAGCGCCAGACCUUUGCGACCUAUUUAUUUUGACCUCCAGGCAUCUACACCAUUAGAUCCUCGAGUUCUUGAUGCGAUGUUACCUUUUAUAUCAGUCACUUCGGUAACCCUCAUUCACGUACUCAUGAGUAUGGCUGGGAAAGUGAGGAGGCUGUUGAAAACGCAAGAAAGAAUGUGGCAAACAUUAUUAAUGCUGACCACAAGGAAAUUAUUUUCACCAGUGGUGCCACUGAGAGUAUAA